AUGCAAGAAGGAGGAGUGGAGGUAGGGAUAGCGUUGAACUCGCUAUUCACGCUGCUCAACUCCAGUCUUCUGUUUUUCUUGGUUCUCGGAAUGGCGCUAUUUUAUGCAGGUCUCACCCAGCGUAAGGCGGCCUUCCAGCAGCUGAGUUUCCCGCUGCUUGUCACGCUAGAAAUCAUGAUUCUCUGGUUGUGUUUUGGCUACACGCUGAGUUUCUCAGACACGGGCAAAUCGGGUUAUCUUAGCAACUUUGCACAUGUGGGUUUGAAAGACAUGGACGCUCUGGUGGUUUACCCAAAUCAUAGAUACAAAGACGAUACGACCCAGGUUUUUGGCCAGGUUUAUGCCGUUUACAACGGACUAUUUGCAAGCAUCACAGCUGUGAUAGCUAUGGGGUGUUUGUGUGAACGUGGACGAUUGAAGCCCGCCUUUAUUUUUCUCGUACCUUGGAUGUUCCUCAUAUAUUGUCCCAUAGCAUACUGGGUGUGGAACCCUAACGGAUGGCUGCACAAGAAACUGGACGUGCUGGACUUUGCCGGAGGAAACGCCGUGCACAUUGUGUCAGGAACCACAGCGCUCGUUUAUUCGUGGUUUUUGGGGUACAGGAACGAGGCCAGUCUUGUGGAGUAUAGGUCAAGCAACCUGGGCAUGGUGAUUUGCGGAACAGUAUUUAUUGCCAUCGGAUGGCUGGGUUUCAAUUGUGGCGCGCUGUACACCGUGAACGCACUCACUGGUGUAAUAUUGUCCAACACCAUUACAAGCAUGGCUGUUGGCGGGCUUAGCUGGAUGGGGCUGGACUACUCGUAUCAUAGAAAUGGACGGAUCUCGGCUGUGGGGCUGUGUUCCGGCUGCAUAGCGGGGCUGACAGCAAUCACCCCAUGCACUGCAUACAUAAAUUUUUGGUCCAGCUUUGUGGUGGGCUUACUAAGUGGUGUGCUUUGCAACGUCGGCACUCGGCUCAAAUUUUGGCUGAAAAUCGACGACUCGCUGGACAUUGGAAUUCACCUUUUUGGAGGUAUUGUCGGGAACCUGCUGGUCGGCCUGUUUGCCGACAAGAACGUUGCCGCUCUGGGUGGCCUGUCGAUAAAAGGAGGCUGGAUCAACCGUCAUUUUAUCCAGCUGCUCCACCAGUUUGUCAGCUCGCUGGUGGUGACGAUCUACGUUGCGGGCGUCUCGUUUAUUAUUCUCGCUAUUCUGGUCCGCCUGCCGGGUUGCCGACUCCGUCUCUACGACGCGAACGAGAUGGAAGGCUCGGAUAACGCCAUUUUUAGUUCUGAGUACAUUGCCGACUACGUCGAGUUUGUGCGGCAGCUAAACCCGGACGAUUACAAAGAAGAGUGA